CAGAAUGCUAGCCCACUAUGUGACCACAGAGUGAGCUCAGUGAAUUGUGGAAAGCAUAUUGUUUCUCCACAUCUCUCCCUCUCUCUCUCACUCUUCCACAUGGGAUCCUAAAAGACUGGACUAUUUCUUCUGUGGAUAUCCUCCUCCUGCUCUGGGAUUUAACUGAGAGCAGAGCAAAGCUUUCUUUCUUUUUUAUCUUCUGGGGAUUACCACAGAAAUACCUCCUGUGUGCGUUUGAGCGUGAGUGUGUGUGAGUGUGUGUGUCCUGUGCCAUGCCCACCCCUGGUCGCUUUGGGACUAACGGCAGUGGAUCAGCAUGAAGGGGGGUCACCAUCAGCGGGGGUGCGGGUGUCAGCACCUGUUCCCAAAACUACUGGCUAAGUGUGGCUGCUGCUACGCCCGAGUUCGAGAGUCGUACUCUGUGGCCGGCAGUGAGGGCAGCAUCACUCCAUCCGUAGGCUCUGUGGCCAACCAGGCCUCUGGCAUCUCCAGCCCCUGCUCGCCCUCCUCCCCUGGGGAGUCACAUCACUCUGUCAGUGCCCUGAAGAAGUGGCUCACCAACCCCGUCCGCAAGCUGAGCGUGGGGGGAGGAGGAGGAGUGAAAGGAGGAGGGGGAUGCAAGGAGGACAGGCAGGUCCACAGGCUGGAUGGGAAGCAUCCCUCUCCCCUCCCCCUAACGGCCAAGCCCUUGGAAGGCCUCUGGAGCAGGGGGAGAACUACACAAUCCUCCCCUGCACUGAUGUGGACUUGGGGAAUGAUGGCCUGGUGAGUCCAGCGACGUACUCUCCAACACACCCUCUCUGUCACAGCUACCUAUCUGACCUACUACAGGACAGGGAUACACACAGUCUGAACCAUCAUUAUUCCACCAUUCUCCCAGAAGAAGAAGAUGGCUCCUCCCUGAUUGAUGACUCGACCAGUCAAUGGUCAGCCACCAUGGACAGUGAGGAGGACAGGAGGAGUGCCUUAGAGAAGAGCAUAUAUGUGCUGACAGAGCUGAUAGAGACAGAGAAGUUGUAUGUGGACGACCUGGGCCUCAUAGUAGAGGGCUACAUGGUCAGCAUGGCCACUCAAGGGAUUCCAGAGGACAUGAAGGGCAAAGACAAGAUAGUGUUCGGGAACAUCCACCAGAUCUAUGACUGGCAUAAAGACUAUCUCCUGGGGGAGCUGGAGAAGUGUGUGUCAGAGCCCGACAGACUGGCCCAACUCUUCAUCAAGCAUGAGCGGCGUCUCCACAUGUACGUAGUGUACUGUCAGAACAAGCCCAAGUCAGAGCACAUUGUCUCAGAGUAUAUCGAGACCUACUUCGAGGAGCUGAGGCAGCAGCUGGGCCACAGACUACAACUCAACGACCUGCUCAUCAAACCAGUACAGAGGAUCAUGAAAUACCAACUACUGCUCAAGGACUUCCUGAAGUACUACACCAAAGCAGGAAGGGAUACCUCAGAGCUGGAGAGAGCGGUGGAGGUGACGUGUUUCGUGCCCAAGCGCUGUAAUGAUAUGAUGAAUGUGGGCAGGCUGCAGGGCUUUGAGGGGAAGAUCACAGCUCAGGGGAAGCUGCUCCAGCAGGACACCUUUACAGUCAGUGAGCAGGACAGCAGCUUCCUGUCCCGCGCCAAGGAGAGGCGUGUCUUCCUGUUUGAACAGCUGGUCAUUAUCAGUGAGCCAAUCGACAGGAAAAAGGGCUUCUCUCUGCCAGGGUACACCUUUAAAAACAGCAUCAAGCUCAGUUGUCUGGGUGUGGAGGACCACUGUGAGGAGGACCCAUGUCGUCUGGUCCUGACGUCCCGCGGGCCCGAUGGGAGCGUGACACGCUUCGCCCUACAGGCAUCGUCCCCUGAGACGCGAAGGGCCUGGGUCAACGACGUGGUCCAGAUCCUGGAGACACAGAGGAACUUCCUCAAUGCUCUCCAGUCUCCUAUAGAGUACCAGCGAAGGGAGUCCAACAGCCUGGGACGAGCCAUGAGGGCGCCCGUGGCAACGACCUCUGGCCUGCGACCCCACUCCUCGGCCUCCAUUGACCGCUACCGGCUACCUUACCUGCACUCCUACAACACCUCUCUGCCCUCCCUGCACCUGCCCAGCCAGGGACCCACUGCAGAAACACAGUCCCCACUGUACCAUAGCCCUGCAACACCCCGUCCCUCUCACCUCCCUCUGAAGCUCACCAUGUCCCAAGAGGCCAGGCACUGCCAGGGGGUGUCCAACGGCCUGUGCCCCCCUACCCAGCACAGCUUACAGGGUGGUACUGUCUGUUACCAUGGAGCCAUGCCAGGGGAGGGAGGGACUUACGCAUCGCAUCGCUCAGGCAACCUGGAUCAGCUAACUGAACUCUCUCUGCAUGAGCAUGAGUGCUGAUAACCUUUUACUUCACAGCCUGAAUGAAGGGGUGUAGGGUGAAGUUGCUCCUAGACGCUGAUCUUAGGUCAGUUUAGAAUUUCCCCCAGGCUAGGUUUGGGGGAUGAGGAAGCUGAUCCUAUAUCUGUACCUAGUGUAACCUUCAGUCUAUAGCGAAUGAGGGGCAGGCUGAUAGAGCCCUGGUGAACCUGGCUCCAGUCAGGACAGGCAGGGGGCCUAGGGCGGGGUUAGUUCAGACAGUUUCACUAUCACAACUCUUGUGAUUACCCUAAUAACAUUAUAUUAUGAUUACUAUGGUAUCUCUAGCUUCUAAUUAUCAUUUUUUUGUUGGUAUUUCUGUCAUAUUACAUUUUCUACUAUUUUGAAACCUGUAUUUACUAUUGUGAUGCGAGAAGUGAAGCAGAAAUGCAGCCCUCUGGUGUUUGUGAGCGAAAAGGAAAAGUAGCCAAUGGUGUCUCUCUCUCUCUCUGUGUGUCUCUCUCUCUCUGUGUCUCUCUCUCUCUGUGUCUGUGUGUCUGUGUGUCUGUGUGUGUGUGUGUGUGUGUGUGUGUGUGUGUGUGUGUGUGUGUGUGUGUGUGUGUGUGUGUGUGUGUGUGUGUGUGUGUGUGUGUGUGUGUGUGUGUGUGUGUGUGUGUGUGUGUGUGUGUGUGUGUGUUUCUCUCUCUGGUGGAAUGCAGCUUCUGUGUUGCAACGGUAGCUAUUCACACUGCAAACCGUUUCUACAGUACUGUACCACUCAUAUGGUGACACGCUUAACACCAUUUGUUUUCGUAUAGAAAUAGACAUUUGGGAACUACCACUUAAGUCGCCAGCCCUUUCAUGUUGCUUUUUCUUAAACACGGGGACCAUAUUAACAUUAUGCUACUGCUACGUGUGACAGAUUUGAUCACUUUGCACAACAAGGAAGGUAAAACAGCAGUGGGGAGGUAAUGCCAUAUCUAUUCUCUGUCCCUCUUCCUUAAUUGCUAUCCUCCUAUUCUGAAUUCAUCCUCACCACCAUUUCAUAAAGCAGCCUUUGGGUCAAGAGUGUUGACAUUGUGGGCCGGAGAACUAUUUGAGCUUAAUUGUGGGACUGAAUUUGUCCAGGGUUUGAGCAGUCAUGAUUGUCUACUCUAUCCAUUAUUACUGUGCUGCUCGGUUUGCAUACUUUUCCCUUCAUUUAAGGGGCCACUUUAACCCUGCCAUUGUUCCAACGUUAUCUGAAGAAAACACACGUAAACUCACACAAAGCCCACUCCAAACUCUGAAGGAGAGAGGAAAAGGGGACACCGAUAGAGGGCGUGCUCUUCUGCCAGUGUCAUCAUGAAUGUAAAUAAUCUGCUGUGAGAUCAUAUCAAUAAACAACGUUUAUG